GUCAGAAUUGUCUGGUCGGAUUCAUUUGCUAUAUCGAGCUUCUUCAUCAUUUGGUAUGAUGUCGGAUACCAAUAGCACAAUUAAUAUAUUACUAAACACCCGUAUUACUUUAGCAUUUUUAAUGUAUUUGCUAGCUUUUGCCAUAAUGCUAGGAAAUGCUGUAGUCAUUUUAGCUUUUGUGGUGGACAAAAACCUCAGACAUCGAAGUAAUUAUUUUCUUCUUAACUUGGCCAUUUCUGACUUCUUUGUGGGUGUGAUCUCCAUUCCUUUGUACGUUCCUCACAAGAUGUUUAAUUGGAAUUUUGGAAAGGAAGUCUGUGUAUUUUGGCUCAUUAUUGACUAUCUUUUGUGUACAGCAUCUGUGUAUAACAUUGUCCUCAUCAGCUAUGAUCGAUACCAGUCAGUCUCAAAUGCUGUGUCUUAUAGAGCUCAACACACUGGGAUCGUAAAGAUUGUUGCUCAGAUGGUGGCUGUGUGGGUGUUGGCCUUUUUAGCGAAUGGGCCAAUGAUUCUAAUCACAGAGUCUUGGAAGGAUGGGAGUAAUGCCUGCGAACCUGGAUUUUUUUCACAUUGGUAUGUGCUGGUCUUCACAUCAUUCUUGGAAUUCCUGAUCCCAGUCGUCUUAGUUACUUAUUUCAACUUGAAUAUUUACUGGAGCCUAUGGAAGAGUUCUAAUCUCAGCAGGUGCCAAAGCCAUUCUGGACCCCCCUGCAUCUCCUCCAGCAACUGCGGACACUCAAUCAGACUCUUUUCAAGGACAUCUCUUCCGAAGGAAGCAGCUGCAUCCUUUCGUUCCGAGAGACAGAGAAGAAAGAGCAGUGUCUUGUUUUCCUUAAAAACCCAGAAGAACAACAGUAUAAUUGCUUCCAAAAUGAGGUCCUUGUCCCAAUCAGAUUCUGUAGCUCCUCACCAAAGGGAAUAUCUUGAACUUCUCAGAGCCAGGAAAUUAGCCAAGUCACUGGCCAUUCUCUUAGGUGUUUUUGCCAUUUGCUGGGCUCCAUAUUCUCUGUUCACAAUUGUUCUUUCAAUUUACCCCCCAAAGGAACGUCCUAAAUCACAGUGGUAUGAAAUUGCCUUUUGGCUUCAGUGGUUCAAUUCCGUUGUCAAUCCUUUUUUGUAUCCAUUGUGUCACAGGCGUUUUCAGAAGGCUUUCUUGAGAAUAUUUUGCAGGAGAAAGCAACCCACACCACCACACCAUCAGUCAUUAUCUUCCUAA